UGGUCGGCGUUCUUCUACUUACCCCAACAGUUCAGUUGCUGUCGCUCACGGAUUUCAAGAUAUUAGGCCAGACUUCAAAAUGUACCUGCCUGGGUUCAAUAGAUAUGCAUCCUCUUUCCUUGGAUGUUGCUGCAACACACUUGUCUGGCAAGAGCAUGAAUUUCACUUUGAACAUAUUAGCGGAGCGGGUGCAGCUACUCGGAACGAUACUCAAACAAGAUGAAAGCUCUCUGAAGCGAAUCCUCGAGGAACUGUCCUCUGUAGGGGUCAACCAUAUCCAGAAGGAUGAAACAUUGCUAAUGGAGAGGAGGUCUCUCAAGGCUUCCAUUGAAAACCUGCGGCAAGCUGUGAUUGGUAACAGUGGUGGUUUUGCUGUCAUUCUCAAAGUGAGCGAGCAGAUCAUUGAUGUUCUGGAACCGAACAAUCAUCACGAUGUUCAAAAGAUGACUUCUGGAUCGGUUAUGACAGAUGGGCGAGAUGACAUUCGUAGACCAGUGACUAAUUCCCGGGAGGUCGGGAGUAACGCCGACGCUCAUGUCUCUCCGACCCCAGAGAGCCGUGACAAUCAACAAUCACGACGUGUCUCUUCCGUGCUGGAUGGUACCAGUGACGAUGGAGAUGGCCGAAUGUCUGACGUGAGCCUGUCACCCAUCCAUGUUCCAAGCGCAACUAAUGGUUCGGGUUGUGACCUUGUAUGCAAUUGCUCAGCAGCGCAGCAAACCAGGAACGCUGAUGGUUGGCUCGAUGACAAUUCUCGUGAUGGGAACGGUAAUCGUUACUCUGCAUUGGCGAGGAGGGUUGUUCGGAAAUGGGAAAGUCUUUUCACUAGCCGUGGAAACUCUAAUGCUUCUGAGGAGGCCAGUGAUGAGGGCCGCGGAGCGAGAGAGGAUGCACAAUUGAUGAGAGAUGCACAAGAGGAGGAAAGAGAGGUAGAGGAGCUACUACUGCAGUUUAAGCCCCCACCUCAUUUACAGGACUGUGCUCGUGCGACUAAAUUGUUUUCAGAAGCAGACAGAAGAAACCCAGAUGGUUCUCUCCCAGACUGGGCACUUGACGAACCUCCAAAGUCGUUCUUGAAGGAGGUGGGUGGCAUUCCAGACUCCUCUGGGCCCUUUCCUCCCUGGAUUUAUGGUGCUGAUGGUGACAACUUACCAUCGACUCGUAUUGUGCAGAGGGACUUGUGGGCCCAUCAGCAUCCAGUCGAUUGUAGCGCUCCAGAUGUCCGGUUUGCUGUGGCAGAGUGGUGGCCUAUGAGCGGGCAUGGAAUGGGGUCACAACUGCAUGGCAUGACAGCGUUUUUCGGUUUUGCAGUUGAAACAGGACGCGUGCUUGUGCCCGUCAAGAACUACCAGCGAGCGGAUCAGGAUAACUGCAAGGGGGAUUUGCGUAAACGUCUCGACUGCUAUUUCUUUCCGCCAACCUCGCCCGAAUGUUACCAGCGUGCCGUGGAACUCCUCCAACAAGCAAAGCGACAUGGAACGAAGGCAAAAGGAGCAGGACGGUUCAUCCCUUACAGAGCAAAUGGUGAAGGGGUCCGGGAGCUUAUGGAAGACAAGAACUUGCCUCUCGUUUACCUGGCGUGGGGUAAUGUGGUCAGCGCAGCCGGAAAGAUCCCUCAGCGAUGGGGCUCGCCGUGGGAGAAAACUGUAUCGUCCAUCGUAAUGGAUGGAAAGGUGUUCGGGGAAGGGGGUAGAAGUCGGAAGCCAUGGUGGAGGGCACAGGCCCUUCGGUAUCUUCUUCGUCAACCUAGCGAGUAUCUGUGCCAGGUCGUAAAUCGUGUGCGAAACCGUGCUUUUGGAAUGCUCGUUGCAGAAGGGAUUAUUGCAUCCUCUAGGCGCUUGAGGAACGAGUCCCUCUACACUGUGGAAGUGAAGGACAGGCUUAAUGACUGGCAUCGUGUCAACAUCACAGAGGAUGAUGAGAUUAAAGCCCGUCAAGAUGGUUUGCAUGCUACAGGCCGAGGUCUGUAUGUCCCUCGCCCGUUGAUCAGCAUUAUGGUGCGCUCUGGCGCACUCAAAGCAAAGGAAAUGAAGCUCUAUGGCCUCCCAUCCUUCAUGCGGAUUGCAGAACGGAUUCGGCAGUACAAUCCGAAUGUGAAGCACAUCUGGCUAACGACUGACGUCGAGCAGUCUUUGGACCAGAGCCAUCAAUAUGAUUCGUGGAAGUUUUUCUACUCCCAUCAGCGUAGGUUAGUGAAGGACGAGCCAGACUGGAAGCUAGAGAUGCAAGGGGGGCAAAGCUGGGAUUCAAAAAGCGCUCGUCCAAACUUUGAGGUCGUGGAAAAAUCUUUUGCAAAUCUCCUCAUAUCGUCCGAGGCGGACUACUUCAUUGGUGCCUUGGGUUCAAACUGGGGUCGGAUGGUGAAUGAGAUGAGAAUGACCAAUGGCCGCUUGUCUCGCAAGUACAUUACAGUCAACUAUGGCAAUUGGAGGAGAUGAGUGGCUCGGGUUUUUUCUUUGUGCUGCUGCUGAUGUCAUGGUGACAGGAGUGUGUGCAUCACUCUGCCAACUUGAAGAUGCUGGACGCUUCAUAGCAUGGCUUACGGAUGU